AUGGUUUCAUGUCCUAUUUGUGGGAAAGGUGUUAGUCUGGAUAAGAUCAACACCCAUCUAGAUCAAUGUGAAAAUGGUGAAAAUAUCAUAUCAGCACCAUCUCAACCAGUUAAGAAACAAUUAACAUUAUCUUCAUUAGGUAGAAAACCAUCAAAUUUAGGUACACCAGCUAAAAAACCAUCAACACAACAAGAACCAAUAACCAUAGAUGAUGAUGAUGAUGAUGAAGAUGAUGAUCCAAAGGAGGAAAAAUCAAACUCACCACCAUUGAAAAAACCAAAUACAUCACUUAAAACACCAAUUACAACUCCUGAUAAAGAUUCAGAAAUUAAAUUAUUACGUCAACAGGCUCAAUUACCAUUAAGUGAACGUCUACGGCCUAGAACAUUAGAUGAAUACGUUGGUCAAUCACAUCUUAUUGGUCCACAGGGGAUUUUGAGAGGCUUUAUUGAUAAUGAUACUAUCCCAUCGUUAAUUCUUUGGGGUCCUCCAGGUGUUGGUAAAACAACAAUCGCAAGAAUAAUAGCAGCUAGAACAAAACAAAAAUUUGUUGAAUUAAAUGCAACAAGUAGUGGUAUAUCAGAUUUAAGGAAAAUUUUUGAAAAUUGUUCAAAAGAAUGGUUUUUAACUAAAAGAAAAACCAUUGUUUUUUGUGAUGAAAUUCAUAGAUAUAAUAAAACUCAACAAGAUUUUUUCUUACCAUUUGUGGAAAAAGGUGAAUGUGUAUUGAUUGGUGCUACUACAGAAAAUCCAAGUUUCCAAUUGAAUAAUGCCUUGCUUAGUAGAUGUAAAGUUUUCACUUUAAAUAAAUUACAAAUUAAUGAAAUUCAUAGGAUUUUAAAUAAGGGAAUAUUACAUAUAAAUAAAGUUAGGAAAUUAGUUUUCAAUAAAUCAUUAUUAACAUUUGAUAAAGAAGCUAUAAAUUAUAUUGCAGAUUUAAGUAAUGGAGAUUCUAGAAUUUCAAUAAAUUUAAUGGAAUUAAUUGAUUCUCAUUAUUCAAAUGUUAAACCUGAUGCUAAAACACCAGGUAACAUUGCAGUUAAAGUUGAAGAUAUUAGACCUGUAUUACAGAAAACACAUUUAUUAUAUGAUCGUGUUGGAGAUCAACAUUAUGAUACUAUAAGUGCAUUCCAUAAAUCUAUAAGAGGUUCAGAUCCAGAUGCUGCAAUGUGGUAUUUAGGUAAAAUGUUAUCAGGAGGUGAAAAUCCUCUUUAUAUAGCACGUCGUAUGAUUAGAAUUGCAAGUGAAGAUGUUGGUGUCCUAGAUGAAAGUUGUUUACCAUUUGCUAUAGCGGCUUAUCAAGCGGUUACAUUUGUUGGAUUACCAGAAGCUGAUUUAGCACUUGUUCAAUGUGCAGUUAAAUUAGCUAAAGCUCCUAAAUCUGUUGAAAUUUAUAGAGCUUGGAAUUAUAUCAAAUCUAUUUAUGCAAAUGAACCAACAAAAGCUGGAUUACCUAUUCCAUUACAUUUAAGAAAUGCUCCAACCAAGCUAAUGAAAGAAAUGGAUUAUGGUAAAGAAUAUAAAUAUAAUCCAAAUUAUAAAAAUGGGAAAGUUAGACAAGAUUAUUUACCUGAACAGAUUAAAGAUAUGAAAUUUCUUGAUGGGAAACAUCUUGGUGAUAUAGUUGAUCCAGAUUUAUAG